AUGGGUGCAGGCCAGUCGAAUGAGCAUGGCGCAUCAUCGCCAGAGGAGUUGAGCUCGGUGCUCGCCGGGCGCUUCGCCACAAAAUGCUUUACGCCAUUAGAGCUCACGCAUUUUAAGGACAACUUCUUCUCUCGGGCGUUAGAGCAGGGAGGCCUGCGGUACUGGAAUGAGAAAGUCCUCUCAGACUUCUUGGGCAUCCCAGAUGGUAUCUAUACUUCUUCGAACGACCAGCUGUUAGACGCAGGACCGGUAGUCUUUCGCAUGGUUUCUUAUCUGGGAGCUUUUCCAUUCCAAAACACACUCGCGCCCAGUGUGUUGACAUUUGAGGCCAUGGUUAAGGUGGUUGUGCUGUUGACUGAACGUUACGGGAAGGCGCUUAAGCGGGGACACAAGGAUCGAAUCAAGUUACUUUUUGGCAGCCUGGCUGAUGUCGGGAGGAAGACCCCCGCGGAGUCCAAUGGAGAAUCUACAGCCCAGGAUUCCGAGGCUUUAGUUGGACAUUCCCAUGCACUGGGUUUCUCCAUAGAUGAACCGGCCAAUGAUGAGUACGAUGAAGAUGAGGAUGACGAUCUUGCACUUGCAGCCCUGGAGUCUCUUGAUGCGAUCGAGGUAUUCAAACACGACCACCGUGUUGACAAGACCGUUUACGAGACCCGGAUUUCUAUCGAUACCUUCCGCCGGUUGCUAAUGCUACUCCUUGUCAUUGCACCACUGAAGCCAUUGGAGUCUUUGAAGGCAUAUACAGCUGGACUGGAUGUUCGGUGUAUGGAAUUGGUUAAGAAAGAAGUAGACAGUAUUAUUGCAGCCUUCUCACCGGAAGAGAGCGAUGGUGGGAUAUCUUACAAGGCUUUUGCCCGAACGAUAUCACUGUCUCUGCCAUGUCUGUUCGAUCCGCUGAAUGCUCUUUUUGAGCACAUGCUUUUCAGCAAAAAUUUGAACCUAUCUCAACGUCGCCAUAAGGGUCCAGCCACAGAGACCGAACGGGAGGAGAGCGACGAGAACGAGGAGAAUGAGGCAUAUCCCUCACCACCAGCCUCACUUACACUUCCGGGAAGUUUCGAGUCGGCCAUCUUGAACCCAUCGCUUACCUCGCAUCUUUCAUUCUUCCUCCCAUCCACAUCACCCGGUAUCAAUAUCCUCCGAAGUAGCGUGAAACUACAUCCCGUCUUCUCCACGGCCGCGCACGGUUCUUCCUUAACAUCUUUCUCCCACCACGUCCUUACCUGGCAAUCCGCCACUCUCCUCAUCUUGCAAGGGUCUCUAGCAGACUCAACCAGCGAUGAGUUGGUAACUCUAGGUGCCUGCAUUCCCCAACCGUGGAAAACAUCCACAUCGACCUCUAGCUCAUCUUCAAAAACAUCCGACCUCCUCCCCUGCCUCUUCCAACUAUCCCCAAAACACCUCCUCCUCCCAGGCAACCCCUCCCCAUCCGCACAGAAGCCCAACACCCCGACCGCCUAUUUCUCAACCAACACCGGCAUAGCAAUCGGCUGCCAAAUCCCCGCCCCGUCCCGCACGCACCAAACUUACCCGACCCCGCACGGAGCAGGCAGUCUCAUCAUCGACUCAAACAUAGAAACAGCUGAGUUCCACGCCACACCCGUCGGACACGACGGCGUCUUCUUACCCGCUGCCAAUACAACCCUCGAAGACCCGCCGACAAAGCUUAAGCUUGAUCUGUAUACCCUGGAGAUUUGGGGUAUAGUACCAGAUCCGGAGGCAUCAUUCUCCGCAGACCCGAAUCUGAGCCCGGUGGAGAUCCAGCGUGCAAAGUGGGAAUUCGAGGCAAGGGAGGCUGAGCGCCGUCGUAAUAUCAAUAUCAAGGCUGGGGCUGGGGAUUCGGCGGCCGAGAGUGCAAGGUGGCUUUUAGAGACGGCUGGUAUUAUUGGGGAUGAUGCGAGAUAUGCGGGUGGGAGAGGUUGA